AUGGAUACAUCUAUGGAAUCGCAAGCAUCUGAAGCAACGGACGUUAACAACUCAAAACCGUCUGACGCUUCCGUUGACUCCGGUUACGAGACAGCCACAAUGGACACCUCAGUUGAGACACCGAAUAACUCACCACUAAAUACAUCAACUUCUGUAGCCGAGAAGGGGAGCGACCUUUCCACUGAGGGCGGUGCCAUCAGCGAUGCGAGCGAGGAUGAUUAUGUCAAAUCCCUCGUGAAACGCUUGGAGCAAGUUGAGAACGAGCUCAAAGAGCUCAAAAGUGGAGACGUCCAACAAGCGGUACCUAAACCCGAGCCCGCUCAGUCCGUCACCGAUGAAGAACCAGAUCAAAGUGCAGAAUGCGAGGCAAAAAUCUGCCGCAUGACAUACAAGGAAUUUCGGAAGAUAAAACCUAGUAUGACCCAACCCAAGAACGUUGCCGCCAUCGUCGUCUGCUAUGAAGAUGCUGAUAUGCAUGAUAUCGCCAAGCAGUCUAAGCAAGCAGACAGCGAGACGAGUGCGCUGCGAGUGCCUCGACAAGAUGCCAUUCCAACUCACAUCGCCAUCAACUCGAAAACACUGGCUCAAGUCAUUAAGUCAGAGGUUGAGUUCGAUUUGCAGGACGAGCAAAAGAUCUUCAUCGCUCCUUUCAAGGCUAUCGUUACUUACGAGUCUGCAAUCAGGAAAGCAUUUGAACGACGCACUAUCGAAUGUGAGUCUGAGAAAGCUGUGGUGGAUGAAAAGAGUAUCGACCCUGCAUCUGUAGAAGAUAACAGGCAAAAUGAGACGCAAUCGUCUGAUGCAGAUUCAUCAUAUAGCCCGUCCGAUGAACACAAACAAGACGAGACCAACAAAGAGGAUGAUACCAACAAAGAAGACGAUACCAAAAACCAAAACGAUACUGAGAACCAAGGCCAAAAUGGCGAAGGCAACAACCACGAUGUCGAACCAGCCGAUGCAACGUCAUCGACUUCCUUCGAACAAAAGCGUAUUGAGAGAGACCUUCUCGGUUGCCUCAUUGAAGUCAUGGACACGGAUCUGCGCGCAAUCUUUGAACUGAGGCGUCAACUUCAAGAUGGAGAUAAGGAUCAAAGAGGUAUCGCUUACAAGAAUUUGUGGCAUCUAUACAAGCCGGGAGACAUAGUCAUUUCAAAUCCUGCUGUGCUCCCGGGACCACAGCAAGCGUACUGUGUGCUUCAUGUCACAGGUGGACGAGCUUCGCAUGAGCAUUUAUACCCAACUGCAGCCAAUGGGGAACCUGCUGGAGUAUGGAGUAUCGAUGGUGAAAUGCUUACAGUAUCCGCGGGUGUCACACCAUUUGUUCUUGAUUGUGUCUAUAUUGACUACGACGGUACGAAGUAUGGACCGCGGGCAAAAUGUGUCGCGCUGCAGGACUACAGUGGUUUGAAGGCGAUCAAGUCUUUGGAACUUUUCCCAAUUAGAUUCAGUCAAGAGACACCGAGUGACUACGCAUCGCUCGUCGAGCGUGGGAAACUGUAUGCAAGCUUACGAGGCGGCGUUUCAAAACUCUACAAAGGACUCACCUUGGAAGAGAAGGUAGAGAAAACACCAUUCGAGGCAGCUGUUGAAAUCACCCAAAGAAAAGAGGUCAAUAGUGAGAUUAUCCUGGACCAAAAAGCGGGAAUCCAAUAUUGUGAAAGCAAACCACGUUACGAUCUGAAGUUUGGCGGUGGUGUCAUUGACAAAGCUACUAUCAUGACCGCAACAGAGAUAGAGCUAACCCCAUGCGGGGUUACUGACUGUUCCAAGUGUACCGACAUCCAUGUGGACCAAGAGCUGGACACUACCGCAAGGCUCUCGUUUAUUCGCUCGACUGCACUUCUGAGGUAUGCAACCAAGGAUGAAUUGACAGAUCAGCAUUAUGCCCUGUUGACACCGCGGAUGUACGGGUACGCCCUGCAGGAGCGCAGAUGGCAUGCGUUCAACGUUGAACAUGUACUGGAUCACGAAGUCGACUCGAACAAGCUCCAGAAUUCUAACAAGUCAUUCGAUGACUUGGUUCUACCUCUUGCUCAUAAGAAGCUGCUCAGAGCUCUCAUCAGCAACCAGACAAGGCAAUUUCGACCCACAUCAACAACUCCAACAGUUGAUACUUCGAGCACCUUCGGGAACUCGGAUGACAUGUCAAUGGAUCUAGUUCGUGGUAAGGGAAAAGGUGUAAUCAUCUUGCUGCACGGUGUGCCCGGAGUGGGUAAGACUUCCACGGCCGAAUGUGUCGCGUUUCAUCUGGGAAGGCCAUUGUUUCCCAUCACUUGUGGCGAUCUUGGAGUUGAUGCGAACACGGUCGAGAUGCGCCUUGAAGAGUACUUCAGACUUGCAUCCCAGUGGGGAUGCGUACUUCUUCUGGAUGAGGCCGACGUGUUCCUAGCGAGACGAUCUGAAGAUCAGCUCAAGCGAAACGCACUUGUUUCCGUAUUCCUCAGGGUCCUUGAGUACUACUCUGGAGUGCUGAUGCUUACCACCAAUCGCGUUGGCUCAUUUGAUGAAGCAUUUCGCUCACGUAUCCACGUUAGCCUCUACUAUCCAAAAUUGGGCAAGGAAGAGACCUCCGAGAUUUGGGAGAUGAAUCUUAGACGCAUCAAAGAGGCUAACGACGUCGACAUCGAAAUCGAUGAAGCAGGAAUCAAGAAGUUUUACAAGCAACACUGGAAGGCUAACGAGAAGAAGACAUCGCGACGUUGGAACGGACGGCAGAUCAAGAACGCAUUCCAGACAGCUCUGGCUUUGGCGAACUGGGACUUCCACGACAACACAAACAGCAAAUCGACACGGCCAAAGCUUGAAGCUAGUCAUUUCAAGCAGGUAGCUAAGACUAGCAACCAUUUUGACGACUACCUGGCCGAGGUCUUCAGAGAGGGCGAAGAUCAGUAUGCUGACAUGUUUGCAAUGAUCGCAAAGCGAGAAGGCCUAAGAAACGAUACGGAUCGCGGCCAUAGGGCUAGUAAACAAAGUAGACGUCGCGAUCGCAGCGAGGACAGUAGCUCAGAUAGUGUCAGUUCCGACAGUGAAC